AUGCCCUCUCGACCUCAACGCCUCGGCCGCCUUGCCACGGAGCUGUGGUGUCUAGCGGCCGGGUCCCGCCCGAGGAUACGUGUACGCCUCAUGCCCCAGCUGUGCUCGCGCCCCCCGGCCAGGCCCGCCUUCUCGACACUGUCGCUGCUCAAGGCAUCCGGCACCGGCCUGCCAGCAGCGGCCCUGCUUGCAGGAGUAGGAGGAGCUGGCCUCUUCUCGCUCGCUGCCGCUCUUCACGAGGCCACAGGCCCGGACAGCGACGGCGACGGCGACGGCGACACCGCACCGGCCGCGCCCGCCCAUGAUACCCGGGACCCCUCCGUGCCGCGUUAUCGACUGUCCGACAUCCACUUGCAUGAUGCCUCACACCCCAACCCGUGGGUCAUCCACCAAGACAAGGUCUACGACAUUACCGACUGGGUGUCUGCCCAUCCUGGCGGGGACGUCAUCCUGCGCGCUGCCGGACAGAGCAUCGACCCCUAUUGGGCCAUCUUCACCAUCCACAACCAGCACCACGUCAGGGAGAUACUGGAUCAGUACCUCAUCGGCUACAUCCAUGCCCACGACCUUGUCGACGGGCUCCCGCCCGCACACGACAUCCAGGACCCCUUCGCGUCUGACCCCCUGCGUGACCCCAGGCUGCGCACACACACCGCGAAGCCCUGUAACGCGGAGCCGCCAAACCAGGCCCUGACCGACGACUUCCUCACCCCCAACGAGCUUUUUUACAAGCGCAAUCAUAUGUGGGUGCCGGCCGUCGAGGACCACCAGCUGGACCAGCACACACUGACCGUCGAGCUGCCGAGUGGGGAUGCGAAGUCGUACACCCUGCGGGACUUGAAGACACGCUUCACCACACAUCGCGUGACGGCCGUCCUCCAGUGCUCGGGGAACCGGAGGAGCGACAUGACGCGCCAUGUCGCCAAGACCAACGGCCUCCAGUGGGGCGUGGGAGCAAUCAGCAAUGCGGAAUGGCAGGGUGUGCGCCUUGCGGACGUGCUUGCCGAUGCCGGGCUUGAGGUUGCAGGUCCCGAUGCCGCCGACGACGACAGCCUCCCUGAUCCCAGCACCCACCACGUCCAGCUCACCGGCCUCGAGGCCUACGGCGCGUCAAUACCCCUGGCCACGGCCCUCGACCCCAGAAACGACGUCAUCCUCGCCUUCGGCAUGAACGGCAAACCUCUCCCCCGUGAUCACGGAUCUCCAUUGCGCGCCGUCGUGCCGGGCCACGUCGCGGCCAGGAGCGUCAAGUGGCUGUCCAAGAUCGUCAUUGCUGACGAGGAGAGCACCUCGCAGUGGCAGCGGCGUGACUAUAAGAGUUUUGGGCCAAAUGAGCGCAAUGUGGACUGGGAUAGCGCUCCGGCUAUUCAAGAGACGCCAGUCACAAGUGCCAUCACGAAAGUGCUUGUUGGCCAGUGCGUGCGGCAGGCAGACAAGUUUACUGGCCCCGCCUCGCUCCUGGAUGUAAGCGACGGCCGGGAACCAGUCGCCCUGGAGGGCUACGCCGUAUCUGGAGGAGGGCGCUGUAUAAGCCGUGUCGACGUCAGCCUUGACGGCGGAAGGACGUGGGAUCAGGCUGAGCUGCUUGCAGACCCCGGUGCGGGCCAUAAAGCCUGGGCCUGGAAGAGGUGGCGAUAUCUUGGCCACUUGACACCUCCUGCGGGGGCCGAGGGCCAGCGGCCGCAAUGCGCAGAAGUCGUGGUGAAAGCGACGGACAGCAGCUACAACACCCAGCCCGAGACGCACUCCUCCAUAUUCAAUGUCAGAGGGAACCUGGCAAAUGCCUGGCAUCGCGUGAAAGUGUGCCCUGAGUGCGUCCCUGCUGAGGCUGCGCAAGGUGAAAGCGGGAUGGACAAGGUAGUCUGGCGGACGGGAAGGGCCUACGGAUGCGGGUUCGGCACAGAAAAGGAGGAUGCCAGGUAG